AUUCCUAGCAUUUAUGCAUUUGCUCUCUUAAUGUCUUGUGCUAACAAUUGUUCUUUUUGUAGGCAUGGCUUCAUCCGGUUCCAGGACGAGGCCACCGUGCGCGGACCAAGAGGACAUGCCGAAGACGUGGUUGGAGGCCAGUUUGGACAAGAAGAAGGAGAAGGAUGUGCCCACACCACCAUGUUGGUGUGGUGAUGUUUGCAAGCUGAAGGUGUCCACUGACCGCAACAAGUCAUGGACAGAAGGUAGAAGGUUUUUCGUGUGUCCCAACUAUGCACAUGAUCGUCGAAGGCCAACUAACGCAUAUGACAUACCACCGUCCCCUCCUCCACUUUGCAAGUACUUCACUUGGAUAGAUCACGAGGUACCAAAAGAUAUCCAAGAGGACCAACGUGCAGAUUGGUUACGGAGGCAGCGCCUAUUCGAGGAGUCCUAUGCACGGGGAUUGGAGCGGGAGCGUCGUGAGAAGGAGGCUCGUGAGCGCAAGAAGCGUGAGCAAGAGAGGGCACGCAAAGAGAAGGCGGCUCGUCAAGAAGAGAGGGCAAGCAAACUUGCAAGGGCUCGCGAUGCACGAGAGGAGGACGAGGCACGUGACAAGAAGGGAAAGUGGCCCCGGACUACUCAGUAGACAAAUGGAA